UUUUCCUGCGCUCAGUUACGAAAACGACAUCCAACGCGUCGCGCGCCGUGUUCGGAAAAUUUGCACGCGGAGGUUGAGGAUACCUCUUUUUGUUCGCUUCUCCGACUCCGAUCCGUUUUUGCGGUUGAGCAACGAUCACCACUUAAUUGCUAUUAUGAUUUUCUUUUCCAUUUUCAAUCGAACGAACGACGAGAAGAUUAUUUUUUUUCGAAAAUCGUCAUCUUUCCACGCGCGCGAUAUUUUCUGCACGGCUGACAGCUAACGGCGAGAGAAGGAUUACCAAGCGCGCGCAACUCGAAGCAAAUAAAUCGCGAAUAUUCUCUGCGACGCGGUACGGGAACGCGAGAACAGAAAAAUAAAACACGAAAAUCAAACGAAAUACGUAGCUUUUAGUCAACGAUUGCGAGAAUUAAAAAAAAAAGAAUUCGUCAGCGGAAUAAAAAACGCGAAAAACAAAACGUUAGAUAUAGACAUUGCGAGGCGUAUAGUGCAUAGAACCCACGAAGACGACGACGACGAAAACGGCGAAGUGACGCAAUCGUAAAUUUUAGACAAUCAUCCGCUGCUGCCUGAUUGGUCACAGUUUUGUGACAAAAGUACAACAAGUAGUGAAAGUGAACGAGAACGAUUUGCAGCUGCAAACAGUUAUCACGAAAACACGCAGUAUUAGGAGGCCGAGGGAGGAGACCGCAGGAAGAAAUAAGUUUAGAACGCAGUAAAAGACAUUCGCUCGGGAAAUUAGUUUGUAGGGCAAAUAAAGUAAUCAGCGUGCUUGCGCCGACGGCGCAAAUUCAACGAACACCUCUAUAGAUAAGAUACGCUAGUAGAUAAUUAAACAAAUAAAAAUGGAUGCCUGUGAGAUUGCCAAUUUCCUCGCAAAAGAACUGUUCAUGAAUCAGUUCGCCUCCUUCGAUGGUAUACACAGUGGCGUCCCGACGAAGACGACCCCCACGCUGACGCCCACCACGCUGAAAAACAUCGAGCAAACCUUUAUGGAGCUGACGAACGACACCUCCAGCAACAUUCCCUGCCAGGCCGGUUUCGUGCCGCCCCCGUUCCAGUUCGAGGAGCACAGCCAGGACCGCGAGAACAGCCGGGAGUCGAUGAGUUCCGUGUCGAACAGCUCCUGGCAGGUGACACCCCCACCGAUGAUAUCCGAGGAUCUGGACUCGAAAUCCUCGACGGCAUCGUUCGAGCGGGAAGCACUGACGCCUCGUCUGACGGCAACAGCUCGUGGCAUUGCCGCAGGUGGUGUCCCGGGCAGUAGCGUCGUUGGUAUGGCGGGCCAAGCCAGUGGCAAUUCCAGUGCGAAGAGUUCCCGUCGCAACUUGGGUGGACGGCGUCCAGCGAAGGCUUCCAAUCUCAGCCCGGAGGAAGAAGAGAAACGACGCGUUCGCCGCGAGAGGAACAAAAUGGCGGCAGCUCGCUGUCGCCGUCGACGAGAAGAUCAUACCAACGAACUGGUCGAUGAAACCGAUCAGCUGGAAAAGAAGAAGCAAGCCCUCCAAGACGAGAUCAAGCAACUGCAGCAGGAGAAAGAAGAUUUGGAAUUCCUGCUCGAUUCACACCGAGAGCACUGCCGCUUUCAGGGAAGGCGUAGCCCCGUGGAACGAAAGCCAAUUGAACUGACCAGCAAUUCAGCGCAACAACAGCAACACAUCGCAACGGAUUUGAAAAUUGUGCCACCGGUGAAGAUCAAAGCGGAGCCUCAGGAUCUCCCCGAUCAGCCACCUGCGAAAAAAUUGAUCCUCUCCAAUGCACUGACCGACAGCCUGGACACACCGACCCCAACCAACAUCACCCCGGUUCUGACGAGCGUAAACCUCCCGCGGGCGAUGUUCGCUGCUGCAGCAGGCGGUGGUCCCAAUGGUGCCUUCUUUAGCAGUGCGGGUGGUGGUCUCACCACCCCAACCGGUGUCUCCAUCGGUACCGUCAGGCCGGCCCGACCGGUCAGCCUGGACGUGAAAUCGACCACCGCCUUCCCGUUGCUGAACGUGCGAAACAUCGCGAUGGAUGCCGGCGUCGGCAUCUCGACGCCCUCCAGUGGGCUGUUCAACUUCGACAGCCUGAUGGAUGGUGGCACAGGGCUGACACCGAUCGCCGCUCCGAUUUCCCUCCAAUCGAACCGUGGCCCGCUGGAUCUAAUCACACCCAGCUGUAGCGAACCGUCGAAGCUGUGCAGUCUGUGAAAGUCUGUGAAUGGUGGAGCGAACGCAAACAGAAACAAAUGCGAAAAAAAAACAAGACAAGCAAUUAAGAGAGAAGAAGAAUGCGAAUGCGAAAGCGAGGAUACGAAAGAGUCAGUGUGUGUAUGUGCGCGUUUGUAAGUGCUAGAUCAAAGAUGGCGUUGUGAUUUUAAUCUUAAAUGUUGGCAAUUUUGUAUGAAAUGUUUUUUUUAAAGAAAGGACACACACACAAUGCUCCAGUGUCUAAAAUUCGAGAGAGAGAGAGAGAUAAGGUGGUCGCCAUUUAGAACUUAGAUGUUACGCUGUUUAUCGUGUAUUUUAGUUUGCAAAAGUUUUAUUUUGAUUCCCCCAAUUUAUUAUUAUACGCUAGAUGAAAAUAUUUAUUGAUAUCCAAACGCGUGAUGAGCUCAAUUUUGUAUUGAGUAAGCGCAUUAGGAUGUAAACAUUCUUUCACGGUAAAAACUAAGAUUACUAUUUGUGCCUUUAAGCUCAGAAUUCUUUUUUUUUGUUUCAAUUUUGAUUUCACCCACACUGUUAUUUUCGAACCCCGCGUUUUCGAUAUGCCUUCAUUAUUAAAAGAAAAACUUCAUUUUAACACAUCAUAAUUUACGCUAGCGAAUCAGUAUCAGUACGGAUGAUAGUAACCAGUUUAGGGAUCAGUGCUUGAAGCAGUCAUAUUUUUUCUAUCGCAAAUGAACGAGAUAAGAAUCAUAUUAAUGUUAGAAGGAUAGAGUAUAGGCAGGAAGACAAAUCGACGACGCUCAAAAAAUGGAAGAAGAACAAUGUCCCUGUCCAUUAAGCCGAAAAAACAUUCAAACGAAAGUGAAUAGAGCGAAGAAAAGUGCGUGGAAGCAGAAAGAAGAAGAAGCAUACAGGAAGAGGAAGAGAUAUUUACAAUUUAUUUUAUCUACACACAAGUAGGCGAACAGCAAACCCUUGUUUCCGUUAACAGUGCGGAAUCUGUUUUCGUCCGGGGGGAAAAGUGAGAGGUAAUACGAAAACGAUAACACGAAAUGAAAAAUAUUAGUCACAUUACAUUAGUCGCACGCGAUUAAAGAUGUGUUGAUGAUGAGCAGGAAACGCCAUAUUACCGAUAAUACAAUUGAUACCAAAAAGCUGCUGAAGUAA